AUGGCUGGGCUUUUGCGAUUUGGCAGUCUUGCACCCAAGACCAAGAACCUGGUUGUUGCUGGAGGCUUGACAACGUUUGUUUUUGGGGUAUACUUCUAUACCAUGAGAGCUGUUGGAGGUACAGAUGAACUUCAGAUAGCCAUCGAUAAGUUUGAAGAGCAGAAAAGCAAGAAUUGA